CUUCUUUGCUUCGUUCAUUUCUCCAUUUCUUCCGUAGUAGUGACGUAAUCACGCACAUAGCGCAUGCGCCGUCUAAACGUGGUGCUUUUGUUUCGGUUUGUUUUCAUGGUGGACGUUGAAUGGCAAAGAACAACAAGAGUUAAUUAACAACAUGCCUUCUUUGGAGCCCAUCGUCAGGUCGAGAAAGGUGGAGAAAGACGUGAACGGAGUUUCAACAGAGGUCGUCUGUACGGAGUUUAGUAAUUAUAUUUUCAUAGUCGUGACUCAGUAUGGAAAAAUCGGGACUUUGAUAUCUAUUAAACCGGACUCUACCACCAGUGAUAUGAGCAUUCCCACGUUCUCCACCAAAGUUCUGCUGGGCAACAAUGAGCCACUGACACAUGUCUGUGCCAAAAACCUGGCAGCCUUUGUGUCACAGGAAGCUGGCAACAGGCCGGUGUUACUGGGACUGGCUCUCAAGGAUUCUUCUGUCGAUUCCAUACAACAAAUGAAGGAGAUGAUUAAAAGCUCUCAAGUCUGGUAGAAGAUCAACGAGCAAGUCGUCUGCGUGCUCCCGAAUUCACAAGGCUGGUGUUUAAACGUUAAGAACUUUGAUCUCUCUCUGAAACAAAAGCGACAAGAGCGAGUGCUUGAAGAUGAGAAUAUAUAAAGCAGUUAUGUUUCCCUGUAAUCCCUUUUGAUCUGUUAAAAAAAAGAAUGGAUUUUUUUUUUUUUAGAAAAGUCAUGUUUAUUUGUUUUUCUCUUAAUUUGUCCUUUCUAAUAUGUUUCAGAGAAUGAGGAUUAGGAUUGAUUCAGUUAUGAUUCGGGAAGCACUCGAUACAUCGUGGGUUUUCAGGAAAUAUCUUUCAUUUUUGACUUGUUUUUUGUAUUAUGCAGGUCUUAAAGUGCUUCAGAGAAUAAAGUGAACUUUUGUCAGUA